AUGGAUGGGUCUGAUGAUGAGCAGGUACCUGAGCAAGUAGAGUUUAAUGUUAAGAGUGACAUGAGAAAUGUUGUACUGAAGAAGGAGAUGAAGUUCCCUAAUGCAAAGGUGUUCAAAGUUGCUUUGAGGGAGUAUGCAAUCAAAAAACCUAUUGACAUCAAAUUCAAGCUUAUUGAAAGGACCAAGAUAUCAGUUCACUGCAAGAAUGGGUGUGGGUGGAGAUGUUAUGCAUCUCAAAUAAGUGGAGAGCUAACAUUUCAAAUUAAGACCUUGACUGAUGACUGUACUUGCCCCAAGUCUUUUAAAAACAGCCAAGCAACAUCAACUUAUGUUGCUAAGAGGUUCAUUGAGGAUUUUAGCAAAAAUCCAAAUUGGGAGGUGAGUGGUGUACACAAUCAUGUGAUGCAAAAUUUAUUUGUUGACCUAAGUGUAAACCAAGUGUAUAGGUCAAAGAGAAAGGCAAAGGAUUUGAUAAAUGAAGAUGAGCAACUGCAAUAUGGUGUCUUUAGGGACUAUGCACAAAUGAUAACCACUGUAGACAAGAGGAGUAAGAUUAUACUGCAGACAGAAAUGGUUGUGGAGACUUCCCAGCCAAAAUUUAAGAAGAUGUAUGUUAGGUUCAAUGCUCAGAAGGUAGGAUUUUUAGGUGGAUGCAGGCCAUUUAUAGGUUUAGAUGGUUGUCACAUAAAGCACAGAUUUGGUGGGCAAAUCUUAUCUGCCACUGCCAAUGAUGCAAAUGACAACAUUUUUCCAGUAGCCAUGGCUGUUGUGGAACAAGAAACCAGGGAGUCUUGGAUAUGGUUUUUGGAAAUUUUUGCUGAUGAUAUAGGGAGGCCAGAGGAGUUUCAAUUGGACUUCAUUUCUGAUAGGCAAAAGGGGCUUAUACCUGCAAUAGUGACACUAUUCCCUACCGUGGAGCAUAGAUACUGUGUGAAACACAUCUACAACAAUUUCAAAAUUGAUCACAAGGGAUUGGAGCUGAAGGAUGCAUUGUGGAGGUGUGCUGCUGCCACAACAGUAAGGGAGUUUGAGAGAUGCAUGCAGUACAUAAGGGAUUUGGAUGAAAAGGCAUAUAAGUAUCUUGCAAACAUUGCACCUGCACAAUGGACAAGGUCAUACUUCACUCCUAGAGCCUUAACAGAUUGUUUGGUAAAUAAUUUGAGUGAGUCUUUUAAUGCAAUGAUAUUGAAGUCUAGGGACAAGCCUAUCUUGGUAAUGUUAGAGUGGAUUAGGGUUAGACUUAUGACUAGGCUUUACACAAAAAGGGAAGGGAUACAGAAGUAUGCUGGAAAGUUGUGUCCAAGCAUACAAGAUAGGUUGGAGAAAUUGAAGGUUGAAAGUAAGCCAUUUAGUACUACCCCAGCUAGCAGUUUCCUUUAUGAGACACCAGAAGACUAUACCUACCCAUGCUACUUCAAAGAAACUUACAUAGAGAUAUACAAGGAGGUACUUCCUCCCAUGCCUGGCCAGUCAGAAUGGGCUGAGACUGGACAGCCUGCUCCCCUGGCACCUCACAUAUACAAACCACUAGGCAGACCACCCAAGCAAAAAAAGAGGGCUUCUGAUGAGCCUAGGAACCCUUACAAAGCAAGUAGACUGAACAGACUUGUAAGAUGUGGGAAAUGCAAUAAGGAAUGGUAUAAUUCAAAAGGGUGCAAGGUUGGCAUCACUGGGGAGACACCAUGGCAGAGGAGACAGAGACUUCAAAGAGAAAAAGCUGCAAGGGGAGGGGUGCCUGCACCUAGAUCUGCACCUCAGCCUGCACCCCAGCCACCAUCCCAGCAGCCUACCCAGACCUACAACAUGAUGUCUACCACUCAGCCUUCAUCCUCACAGUAA